CCCGCCCGGGGCGCGGAGGUUGGGCCUUCAGGUAGUGAUCGGGCGGAACUGGCCUGCGAGCGAGGGAGGGGCCAGGGCCAGGUAGAGCUGCCCGGCGGCCCUGCGCAGAGGGACGGGAUGAGGUCCUGCCGCUUCUGCAGAUUCGACGCAGCCCGGGGCCCCUGGCGGCUUAUGCGCGUGGGCCUCGCACUGAUCCUGGUGGGCCACGUGAACCUCCUCCUGGGGGCCGUGCUGCACGGCACAGUCCUGCGGCACGUAGCUAAUCCCCGCGGUGCCGUCACGCCGGAGUACACCACAGCCAAUGUCAUCUCCGUGGGCUCGGGGCUGCUGAGUGUUUCCGUGGGACUUGUGGCCCUCUUGGCAUCCAGGAAUCUUCUACACCCACGACUGCACUGGGCCCUGCUGGUACUCGCUGUGGCCAACCUGCUCCUGUCCACGGCCUGCUCCCUGGGCCUCCUCCUUGCUGUGGCACUCACUGUGGCCAAUGGUGGCCGCCUUCUCAUUGCCGACUGCCACCCAGGACUGCUGAAUCCCUUGCUACCACUGGACGAGGGGCCUGGACACACGGACUGCCCCUUUGACCCCACGAGAAUCUAUGACACAGCCUUGGCUCUCUGGAUCCCUUCUUUGCUCAUGUCUGCCGCAGAGGCUGUUCUAUCUGGUUACUGCUGUGUGGCGGCACUCACUCUCCGUGGGGUUGGGCCCUGCAGGAAGGAAGGGCUACAGGAGGAGCAGCUGGAGGAACUGACAGAGCUUGAACAUCUUAAACAUAAAAGGCAGGAUAAUGAGCAGCUACUAGAUCAACAUCAAGAAAUUCAGGCAUCACAGAAAAGUUGGGCUUAGGACAGGCUCUCCCUUCAUCAAGCAGCUCCUGAUCCAGAGGCUCAGUCUACGGUUUUCCACUGCCCCCUAGGAUGAUAUAAAUGGUUGUAAUAAAAGAACUUCUCUU